GUUGUUUCUAGUCGUCCUCAUAAACGGAACACAUUACACCGAGUUGAUCGGCACAGUGUUGUAUCACUUACCAACAUGCUCAAUAUAAUUUCCUAAAGCUCUGGUAAGCUCGAGUUAUAUUUUGUUACACGUAUAGUGUUUUGCACUAGACUGAAUCAGCUCUUCAUAAACGCAGCGGGAGAUCACUCACCAUGACGUCACUGGGUGGAAGCAGUUCCUCAACCACAGAGUACACUGUGAGAGUCCCCAAAAAUACGACCAAAAAGUACAAUAUAAUGGCUUUUAACGCAGGGGAUAGAGUCAACUGUUCAAGCUGGACACAGGCACGUAUGGAAAGAGACAUGAGUGCUCGGCGAAUAUACGGGGAGGAGGAGACACCGGAGAGUGGCGCAGGUAGCGAGUUUGGCAAAAAACAGCGGGAGGAAGCUCGGCGAAAGAAGUUUGGAAUUGUUACCCGAGAGUUCAAAGUGGAGGAUCAGCCAUGGAUCCUGAAAGUCAAUGGCAAAGCUGGCAAGAGGUUUAAGGGUAUAAAGAAAGGUGGAGUUACAGAAAAUGCAUCCUACUACAUUUUUACCCAGUGUCCAGAUGGAGCUUUUGAAGCCUUUCCAGUUCAUGGGUGGUAUAACUUUACACAGCAGGCAAAGCAUCGAACGCUAACCGCUGAAGAAGCCGAAGAAGAGUGGGGCAGACGGAACAAGGUCGUAAACCACUUCAGCAUUAUGCUUCAGAGACGGCUCCGGGAGCAGGAGCGUGGUGACGACGACGAAGACGAGACAGAAAAGGGUGGGAAGAAGAAAAAGAAGGGGGGCAGUAAGGGUGGCGACCUUCUCAUUCACGACCUAGAUGAUGACCUUGAGAUGAGCAGUGAUGACAGUGACAGCAGCAUGGGAGAAGAUGGAGAAAGCAAGGCAAAGACAAAAAAAGCCACAGGAAAAGGGAAAUCAAAGAAGAAGAAGCAAAAGAGCAAUGAUAAGGAAGCCCUUGAAGACAGCGAUGAUGGAGAUUAUGAGGGUCUGGAAGUGGAUUAUAUGUCAGAGGAAAGCAGCUCAGACAAAGAGCCAACAAAUGAAAAGCCAUCCAAAGCAGAAGAGCACCCCAAAGGAAUCGAUGAGGCGUCCGAGAGUGAGGAAGAUAGUGAAGAGGAGAAACAAAAUGAAGAAGAAGCUAAAGAGGAGGAGGAGGAAGAGGAAGGGAAGAAAACCCCGGUCCAGAUGGAAAAGAAGAAGAAAAAAGACAGCAGUGGCGAAUCAGACAGCUCUGACGACAGCGACAUCGAAGGAGAGACUGCUUCUGCUUUGUUCAUGAAGAAGCGCACCCCUCCCAAGCGGCCUGGUGGACGCGGCUCUGCAGGCAGCUCCAGGACGGGCAGUCGUCCUGGGACGCCAUCCAUAGACUCCGCCUCCACCUCCAGCACGCUGCGUGCUGCUGCCAGCAAACUGGAGCAAGGGAAGAGACAAAUCCAGACUGCAGGUACUGACUCUCCAGCAGCCAAAAGGCUCAAGAUGGAGCCCAGCAGUCAGAGCCCUGUCCCCUCUGGGAAGAGCACACCUCAACCCCCAUCUGGCAAAUCCACUCCAAGCUCAAGUGACGUGCAGCUGACGGAGGAAGCUGUGCGCCGCUACCUGAUCCGUAAGCCGAUGACCACCAAAGACUUGCUGAAAAAGUUCCAGACCAAGCGCACAGGUCUGAGCAGCGAGCAGACGGUCAACGUGCUCGCUCAGAUCCUGAAGCGUCUCAAUCCAGAGCGCAAGAUGGUCAAUGACAAAAUGCACUUCUACCUCACAGAGUAAGCAGCCAGACAGCGGUAGGAAUGAUAACAAAACCAUAGUAAAGAAGUGUUUUUCCUGAUCCCCGGACAGAAAGUGUAACAAAUCUUGUGCUCGCUUACACAUGCUGCACCAGCUGUCAUCAGCUGUGUGAGGAGUAGAUUUACUAAAAUAUUUUUGUUGAACUUUGUUAAUGUAGAUGAGCCUGAAUUCACGGUAAUGUGUUAGUAAACACAAUGUUUUCAACUGCAAGUAGAAAAUUAGUCAAUCUUUUUUUUUUUCUAAGUCAAGACUUUAUAAUAAAAUGUAAACUUAACUGGUUUGUCACUGUGAUUUGUCGAUAUACAUUUUCAUUUGAUUGUGUUGCAUAAUGUCGAAUAUUUCUACAAAUCUAUAUACAAGAAUUAAAUGGAAAGGAAUAUAUAAAAUCAACAGUGAUAAAAGUCUACAUCUAGCAUUUAAGCAUAUCAGAUGAAUGUGGUGUUUUUACAGCUGCAAAAUAUCAGGGAUGUUUGUAAUUAAAUUAGUAUUUCUGGAAAUUGUGAUAUUAAAUUUUAUACAACUAUGCUACAAUAAAGAUGGUAAGAUGUACAUAA